AUGGGCUACAGGAAAGCGGAGUGUGUACGCACCUGUAGCUGUGUGAAGACAGUCUAUGCGUCUCACCGUUGUUUGUUUCGUCUGCUGGUCCUUGUCAGAGGCUUGUGGGGGCCGAUGUCUCAGUAUCAGUUGUGGCUCCUGUAUAGCUGCAUGCUCUUCACUCUCAUGCCUUCUCCUUAGUACUGGUCUCUCUCUCUCUCUCUGGCUGGUCCAGAAAGAUUGAGCUAGCCUGGGGUGAUGGUAUGUUUUUCACUGUAGAGUGGGAGGUUGUCCUGCCUACUACCUAUGAUGUCAUAGUGCUUCUAAAAAAAUAACAAAACUCCUCCUAACAUAAGGUUUCAACUGCUAAUGGAAGGAAGGAAGGUAUUUUGUUAUUUUAUUAGGAUCCCCAUUAGCUGUUGCGAAAGCAGCAGCUGCUCUUCCUGGGUUCCACACAAAACAUGAAACAUGACAUAAUACAGAACAUUAAUAGACAAGUACAGCUCAAGGACAGAACUACAUCAAUAGAAAAAUGGCACACGUAGCCUACAUAUCAAUACAUGCGGACAAACUAUCUAGGUCAAAUAGCGGCGAGGCGUUGUGAGGUGUAAAGGAAGGAAGGAAAGAAAGAAGGAAAGAAGGAAGGAUAGAUGGAAGGAAAGAAGGAAGGAAAGAAAAAAGAAAAUACCAAAAUCCACUAAGCCUUGUUGCCUGGAAUUGGUGUGUUGUGAUGACACUUACACCCGCUCUGGAUCACACAUGCAUACUCACACUUGCCGUUGCAGCUUAGUGCUUGGUAUUUGUUUCAGUCACACUCACUCUCAAUCACUUUCAACAUUUCUCUCUCAUACAUACUCUGUUUCUAUUUCUAGAAGUCCUCUUAGAAGAACUUGAAGAAUAAUAAUAAUUAUUAUAACUUGUGAUCUUGAUUAUCCAGUGGUUUUGCUGCUAUAAAAGAGGUUUCUGGGAGGGAUGGGUGUGUGUUUAUGUGUGUUUGUCCCACAAGGCAGGGUGUGUAUAUUGUGGCCAUCUCAGAGCUAUUGGCAGCUGUGUUCAUUUGAUUAUGGACACAAUAUGUGGUCUUAGCAGACAAAGAGGGCUUUAGGCAAAAUGUUUGGGACAUAAAACCCAAGGGAGGAAAUACUUGUGAGUGUGGGAGAAGGGUCACUUGGAAGAUACUGGGAUAGGGACUUUCUUAAACUUUCUUGACUGCCGUGUGUGUGCUUGGGUGUUUUAGUGUCUCUCAAAGGUGGUCGUUUGUAUGUAAAAAUAUGUAACUCUAGAGAAAAAUUCCCUUAUGACAGUGAUGAAAACACACAAAGCAUGUAGCAUCCGUUGUCUGGAAUUAAUUUGCAUUUAAAUUAAUACGUUCUCUGUACCCCUCAACACUCUUUAAGUAACCUGUUACACAUCACACACACACACAUUUAUGUUAUUAUUAAGUGUCAUAGUCUUCAAUAGAAAAGUAAAGACAAGACAAAAUAGUUUUUCUUGCCCUAUUAAUAAUUGUUUUGCUUUGUUGGAUUUGGACACUGUAGGCCAGUGCUCCAAAUGUACAUUUCAUUUAGCUUUUUUAUAGAUCCUUUUCCUGCAGUCUAUACAAGUAUGGAUCAUCCACAAGGAAAGUAUUGAUUGCCAAAGUUUUACAUCAUUAUAAGUGAUUUUAAUUUCCAUGAAACAGCAAGCAACAGCCUUAGACAGAAUGAGUGAUCUUCUAUGAGUGCAAGAAUGGGUAUUAUCAUGUCUCGUCUCUAGAUUUUCAUAAAGUUUGUGGUGAAAUGAUGGUCUCUCCCCAAGGCAACUUGUACAUCUAUACACUGGAUUGAAAAACGGUAUAUCUGAUAGGCAUACAUUGAAUCACAAAGUGUCAUAUUUAACCCAAUAACAACCAAUCAAUAGAGAAUGAGGAAAUUGUCCCAGACACUGGGAGAGUUUGUGCUGCAAGUCGACAACACAACAAUAGUGAUGGGAGAAAAUAUGUAAUACAGUUACCUAUCGGGGUAUUAUUUUUGACAAUAUAUCGUAUCGUAUCGCAUAUAUUGAAUCACAAAAUGUCACAUUUAACGCAAUAACAACCAAUUCAUAGAGAAUGAGGAAAUUGUCCCACAUUAAAAUAAAGUCUGUUUUGCUGAUCCUAGAUCUGUGCCUAAUGACAACUUGCACCUGGGUCCAGACCUAUAUCAAAGAUCUUUAUAACCCAGGAUAGACCACAGCCUGUCGUUUCCAAUGGGAACAAAUCAUAGUGGGCAGAACAAGCAAGGAGGUGGGCAAAGCCAAGCACGAGCUAGCAAGGUCCUAUCGGCACGUUCUAGCAUGUAUUUGCAUAUUUCUGUUAGGGAACGCCUACUCUGUGAAGUGCGCAUGUGCAAUAACUCAAUUAGCCCUUGCACUCCUUCAAAACUUAGUCCACUCUGUUCAUAACAGAUUAUAGUUUUGGGAACAGAAAACUGUAUUGAGAUCAAAUGUUCGAUGAGAAAAUGUGCAGAAUGUCGGCCAAAAUCCUUAUCACUCCAUCUUCUCCCGCUGCCGGCCACUGGGCUUCCUCUCAUCACCAUAGUUGGUGGUGAGUGGAAAUGCCAACCGGAUGCUUCAGAUUUAUACAUCUGGUGGAACAUCUGGCUCAUUGUUCUAUCUGUGCCUAUAUGCUAUGUUCAUUGGGAGUCGUGUAAAGCUAAAUCAGGAAUGGGUAACUUUGAUGGGGGUGCGGGCCCACAAAAAAACAGAACUCAUCAUGAGGGGCCUUAGUGGCUUGCAAGCAAAAAAUUUUUUUGCAGUUUUACAGCUAAUUUCCUGCAAUGCUACACAUUUUUUCCAUAGGGUGGAGGCAAAUGUUUGCAAUUUUUAAUAUGAUAACUGAUGAUCAAUGGGCCCCAACCCGGUCAGUAAAUCGACCAUGCUUACUACAAGUUUAGAUAGCUGGUCGCUAGACUAUAUAAAAUAAAAUCCAGUCAAAUUGGGGGGCCAGUAUGAAAAUGUAUGCACUCACUAACUCUAAGUCGCUGUGGAUAAGAGCAUCUGCUAAAUGACUAAAAUGUAAAUGUAAAUGUAAAUUGUAUUGUUCGCAUACACAUAUUUAGCAGAUGUUAUUGCAGGUGUAGUGAAAUGCUUGUGUUCCUAGCUCCAACAGUGCAGUAAUAUCUAACAAUACACAAAAAUACACAUGAAUCUAAAAGUAAAAGAAUGGAAUUAAGAAAUAUAGAAAUAUUAGGACGAGCAAUGUCGGAGUCCAGAGUAUAAAUAUAUACUGAACAAAAAUAUAAACACAACAUGUAAAGUGUUGAUCCCAUGUUUCAUGAGCUGAAAUAAAAGAUCCCAGAAAUGUUCAAUAUGCACAAAAAGCUUAUUUCUCUCAAAUGUUGUGCACAAAUUUGUUUACGUCCCUGUUAGUGAGUAUUUCUCCUUUUCAAAAAAAAUGCAUCCACCUGACAGGUGUGGCAUAUCAAGAAGUUGAUUAAACAGCAUGAUCAUUACACAGGUGCACCUUGUGCUGGGGACAAUAAAAGGCCACUCUAAAAUGUGAAGUUUUGUCACACAACACAAUGCCACAGAUGUCUCAAGUUUUGAAGGAGCCUGCAAUUGGCAUGCUGACUGCAGGAAUGUCCACCAAAGCUGUUGCCAGAUAAUUUAAUGUUAAUUUCUCUACAAUAAGCCACCUCCAACGUCAUUUUAGAGAAUUUGGCAGUACGUCUAACCGGCCUCAUAACCACAGAUCACGUGUAACCACGCCAACCCAGGACCUCCUCAUCCGGCUUCUUCACCUGCAGAAUUGUCUGAGACCAGCCCACCGGACAACUGAUGAAACUGAGGAGUAUUUCUGUCUGUAAUAAAGCCCUUUUGUGGGGAAAAACUCAUUCUGAUUGGCUGGGCCUGGCUCCCCAGUGGGUGGGCCUGGCUCCCAAGUGGAUGGGCCUAUGCCCUCCCCACCCAUGGCUGUGCCCCAGCCCAGUCAUGUGAAAUCCAUAGAUUAGGGCCUAAUGAAUUUAUUUCAAUUGACUGAUUUUCUUAUAUGAACUGCAACUCAUUAAAAUUGUAGAAAUUGUUGCGUUUAUAUUUUUGUUCUGUAUAUAUACUGUAUAUGUCAUGGGAUGUAUAGACAUUAUGGACAGUAUGUGGAUAGAAUAUGUAGUAUAUCUGUAGAAUACGUAGGAUAGAAUAGUAUAUGUACAGCAAUAGUUGAAUAGGAUGGUCUUGACUAGAAUACAGUAUUGUACAUAUGAAAUGAGAAAAACAGUAUGUACAGUGGAUUCGGAAAGUAUUCAGACCCCUUGACUUUUCCCAAAUGUUGUUACCUUACAGCCUUAUUCUAAAAUGGAUUAAAUAGUUUUUUUCCCUCAUCAAUCUACACACAAUACCCCAUAAUGACGAAGCAAAAACAGGUUGCUAUACAUUUUUGCUCAUUUAUCACCACAUUUACAUAAGUAUUCAGACCCUUUACUCAGUACUUUGUUGAAGCACCUUUGGCAGCGAUUAAAGCCUCAAGUCUUCUUGGGUAUGACGCUACAAGCUUGCACACCUGUAUUUGGGGAGUUUCUCCCAUUCCUCUCUGCAGAUCCUCUCAAGCUCUGUCAGGUUGGAUGGGGAGCUUCGCUGCACAGCUAUUUUCAGGUCUCUCCAGAGAUGUUCGAUCACGUUCAAGUCCGGGCUCUGGCUGGGCCACUCAAGGACAUUCAGAGACUAUGUAAAUGUAAUCCAUUUUAGAAUAAGGCUGUAACUUAACAAAAUGUGGAAAAAGUCAAGGGGUCUGAAUACUUUCCGAAUGCACUGUAAUUAAUAAUACACAGCACUUUUAUUUUUUUAUUUUUUUAUUUCACCUUUAUUUAACCAGGUAAGCCAGUUGAGAACAGGUUCUCAUUUACAACUGCGACCUGGCCAAGAUAAAGCAAAGUAGUGCAAUAAAACAACACAGAGUUACAUAUGGGGUAAAAAAACAUAAAGUCAGAAAUACAACAGAAAAUAUAUAUACAGUGUGUGCAAAUGUAGCAAGUUAUGGAGGUAAGGCAAUAAAUAGGCUAUAGUGCAGAAUAAUUACAAUAGUAUUAACACUGGAAUGCUAGAUGUGCAAGAGAUUAUGUGCAAAUAGAGAUACUGGGGUGCAAAAGAGCAAAAUAAAUAACAAUAUAGGGAUGAGGUAGUUGGGUGGGCUAAUUUCAGAUGGGCUGUGUACAGGUGCAGUGAUCGGUAAGGUGCUCUGACAACUGAUGCUUAAAGUUAUUGAGGGAGAUAAGAGUCUCCAGCUUCAGAGAUUUUUGCAAUUCGUUCCAGUCAUUGGCAGCAGAGAACUGGAAGGAAUGGCGGCCAAAGGAGGUGUUGGCUUUGGGAAUGACCAGUGAGAUAUACCUGCUGGAGCGCAGACUACGGGUGGGUGCUGCUAUGGUGACCAAUGAGCUAAGAUAAGGCGGGGAUUUGCCUAGCAGUGAUUUAUAGAUGGCCUGGAGCCAGUGGGUUUGACGACGAACAUGUAGUGAGGACCAGCCAACAAGAGCGUACAGGUCACAGUGGUGGGUAGUGUAUGGGGCUUUGGAGACAAAACGGAUGGCACUGUGAUAGACUACAUCCAAUUUGCUGAGUAGAGUGUUGGAGGCUAUUUUGUAAAUGACAUCGCCGAAGUCAAGGAUCGGUAGGAUAGUCAGUUUUACGAGGGCAUGUUUGGCAGCAUGAGUGAAGGAGGCUUUGUUGCGAAAUAGGAAGCCGAUUCUAGAUUUAACUUUGGAUUGGAGAUUCUUUAUGUGAGUCUGGAAGUUGAGUUUACAGUCUAACCAGACACCUAGAUAUUUGUAGUUGUCCACAUACUCUAGGUCAGACCCGUCGAGAGUGGUGAUUCUAGUCGGGUGGGCGGGUGCUAGCAGCGUUCGAUUGAAAAGCAUGCAUUUAGUUUUACUAGUGUUUAAGAGCAGUUGAAGGCUACUGAAGGAUUGUUGUAUGGCAUUGAAGCUCGUUUGGAGGUUUGUUAACACAGUGUCCAAUGAAGGGCCAGAUGUAUACAAAAUGGUGUCGUCUGCGUAGAGGUGGAUCUGAGAGUCACCAGCAGCAAGAGCGACAUCAUUGAUAUACACGGAGAAAAGUGUCGGCCCAAAAAUUGAACCCUGUGGCACCCCCAUAGAGACUGCCAUAGGUCCAGACAACAGGCCCUCCGAUUUGACACACUGAACUCUAUCUGAGAAGUAGUUGGUGAACCAGGCGAGGCAGUCAUUUGAGAAACCAAGGCUAUUUAGUCUGCCAAUAAGAAUGCGGUGGUUGACAGAGUCGAAAGCCUUGGCCAGGUCGAUGAAGACGGCUGCACAGUACUGUCUAUUAUCAAUCGUGGUUAUAAUAUCGUUUAGGACCUUGAGCGUGGCUGAAGUGCACCCGUGACCAGCUCGGAAACCGGAUUGCAUAGCGGAGAAGGUACGGUGGUAUUCGAAAUGGUCGAUGAUCUGUUUGUUAACUUGGCUUUCGAAUACUUUCGAAAGGCAGGGCAGGAUGGAUAUUGGUCUGUAGCAGUUUGGAUCUAGAGUGUCACCCCCUUUGAAGAGGGGGAUGACCGCGGCAGCUUUCCAAUCUCUGGGGAUCUCAGACGUUAUGAAAGAGAGGUUGAACAGACUAGUAAUAGGGGUUGCGACAAUUUCGGCGGCUAGUUUUAGAAAGAAAGGGUCCAGAUUGUCUAGCCCAGCUGAUUUGUAGGGGUCCAGAUUUUGCAGCGCUUUCAAAACAUCAGCUGUCUGAAUUUGUGUGAAGGAGAAGCGGGGGGGGGCAUGGGCAAGUUGCAGCAGAGGGUGCAGAGUUGGUGGCCGGGUUAGUGGUAGCCAGAUGGAAAGCAUGGCCAGCUGUAGCAAAAUGCUUGUUGAAAUUCUCGAUUAUUGUAGAUUUAUCGGUGGUGAUAGUGUUUCCUAGCCUCAGUGCAGUGGGCAGCUGGGAGGAAGUGCUCUUAUUCUCCAUGGACUUUACAGUGUCCCAAAACUUUUUGGAGUUAGUGCUACAGGAUGCAAAUUCCUGUUUGAAAAAGUUAGCCUUUGCUUUCCUGACUGCUUGUGUAUAUUGGUUCCUAACUUCCCUGAAAAGUUGCAUAUCGCGGGGGCUAUUUGAUGCUAAUGCUGUUCGCCACAGGAUGUUUUUGUGCUGGUCAAGGGCAGUCAAGUCUGAGGAGAACCAGGGGCUAUAUCGGUUCUUAGUUCUGUAUUUUUUGAAUGGGGCAUGUUUAUUUAAGAUUGAGAGGAAAUUACUUUUAAGGAACAACCAGGCAUCUUCUACUGACGGAAUGAGAUCUAUAUCCAUCCAGGAUACCUGGGCCAGGUCAAUUAGGAAGGCCUCCUCGCUAAAGUGUUUUAGGGAGCGUUUGACAGUGAUGAGGGGUGGUCGUUUGACCGCGGACCCGUUACGGACGCAGGCAAUAAGGCAGUGAUCGCUGAGAUCCUGGUUGAAGACAGCUGAGGUGUAUUUAGAGGGUAUGUUAGUCAGGAUGAUAUCUAUGAGGGUACCCAUGUUUAAGGAUUUAGGGUUGUACCUGGUAGGUUCGUUGAUAAUUUGCGUGAGGUUGAGGGCAUCUAGCUUGGAUUGUAGGAUGGCUGGGGUAUUAAGCAUAUCCCAAUUUAGGUCACCAAGCAGUACAAACUCAGAGGAUAAAUGGGGGGCAAUCAAUUCACAUAUGGUGUCCAGGGCACAGCUGGGGGCUGAGGGGGGUCUGUAGCAAGCGGCAACAGUGAGAGACUUAUUUCUGGAAAGGUGGAUUUUUAGAAGUAGAAGCUCAAACUGUUUGGGCACAGACCUGGAUAGUAUGAUAGAGCUCUGCAGGCUAUCUCUACAGUAGAUUGCAACUCCACCCCCUUUGGCAGUUCUAUCUAGACGGAAAAUGUUAUAGUUGGGGAUGGAAAUUUCAGAAUUUUUGGUGGCCUUCCUGAGCCAGGCAUGUGUGCUCUCUGCUGGCAAGAAAUGGUAAUUGCAAGUAAGUGUGUGUGUGUGUGUGUGUGUGUGUGUGUGUACGUUUUUAACUAUACUUGUGGGGACCAAAAGUUUUUUGUUUUUUUACCAACUGGGGACAUUUUUUUGGUCCCCACAAGGUCAAAUGUUAUUUCUAGGGGGUUUAGGGUUAAGGUUAGAAUUAGUGCUAGGGUUAUAAUUAGGUUUAGGGUUAGGAGCUAGGGUAAGUUUUAGGGUUAGGAGCUAGGGUUAGAUUUAGGGUUAGGGUUAGAUUUUAAGGUUAAGGUUAGGGUUAAGUCUAGGGUUAAGGUUAGGGUUAGGGUUAGGGUUAGGGGUAAGGGAAAAUAGGAUUUUGAAUGGGAUUGAAUUGUGUGUCCCCACAAGGUUAGUUGUACAAGACUGUGUGUGUGUGUGUGUGUGUGUGUAUGCGCGUGUUUGCUUAUAGUCCAAGUUCAUAGGUGGCGCUGUUACACUUUUUGCUGAUGCACACACUUCCGACUACAGAAGAAGAAGAUGCAGUGCAGGCGCGGAAUGAUUACGUCACACCCUUGUAGACGUCGCUAUGGCAGACCAUGUUAAUGAGCUAGAAAUUGCCAAGAAACAUUUAACUGAAGCAAUUGGUGAAAAUGUCAAACAGUAAGUACGCAACCGGUGGUUGAUUUGAUGUUGUCCUACACUAAGUUGUUUUACUUUCCUAUUUAGCAAGUUGGUUUAAACGUCCACAUAAAUGGAUAGCUAAACUAGCUCUCUGCUAACGGUUAUGCAGUGUCUAGCUAGCUAAAGCCUGUAGCAUCCUUCCCAGUCGGUAUUAUGGGUGCGUUCGUAAACUCACUCUGGCUAUCUACUCCGAUUUCAGAGCACUCUUGUCUGAGCGUGCUAGAGUGCAGAAUAACGGAUGAAUUUACGAACGCGCAACACCCGUUGAAUAUGACCGGUGUUAGUAAAUGUCGACAACAAAAGUAAUUAAUUGUUGCCAGCAGCACAGUUACCAGCGCUCUAGAUAACAUGAAAGCAGCCUAACCAGCUCUGCUAGGGCGAGUAAAAUGGUCAGUGAGGUGUUCUCUUAUUUGUGUCUGGAAGUAACUAUCAAACUAGCCAGCUUUAUUUAGCCAGUUAGCUUGGAUGCUUGACUGCCGUUUUGAGGUCAGAACGCUCGGAUCAACUCUACUCCUCGGCCAGAGCGUCCAGUGUGCCCUCUGAACGCUCCGAGAGCGAAACUCUGAAUUUACUAACGGACAAUCUGACAACGUUAUGAAUUUACGAACGACCAGAGGUCACUCUGGCACUCCAGAGUGAAUUUACGAACACACCCAUAGAUAGAACGUCGCGGCCCCGCCCACCUGUGGGGAAAACGACAUGUGGUUACCUAGGUUACCCUAUUGGCUCUUUUUCAAAAGCAAUUUUCUUGUUGUUUGCUUGUUUUAGCCAAGUACUGUACAAAACUACGUUUAAAAAUGCUAUAUGUAACGACUUUCUGUCAUUCUCAUUGAAAGCAAGACUAAAAGUCUGGUUUACACUCCGUCUAUCAACGACAUAUCUGUAGACAAUUGUCAUAGUUACAUCAUGAACAUUCUUUGUCGCCCAACAUCAAACUUGUCUUGUCGUUAUGAAAAAGUAUUAACACCAAACGACAGCCCGGUGCUCCAAAUAGCAUACUUUCUCUAUUUUAACACCAAUAAAAAAUCGACGCCAAAGUUGGCUCUUUUACACUGGAGGUCAAUGGGAAAUAAUGUUUGUUUUCACCAAUUUGUGGUCGACGGGAAUUCCUUAUUAUUACGUGAAUAUCGACUCGGAGUAUACAGUAAGUAUAUAAACAAACAAAAAAGGUUGGGUGUUCAGCAGGGUUUUUUUCGGCUGUUCCGAGUACACAAUAUUUUUUCUUGAGGCAAGCCGAAGUUCGGUAGUCGAAGUCUACGCCCCUUCGUCAGUGAUUGGUCAACAUUAGGGAUUUUUCAAUGAAAUGUUCUUUAUUCCACGACAGAUGACUGUUUUCAUGCACAUUUCUUCACUUGAGAAAUACUGCACCAAACAUUUUAAGUAGAAAAUUGUAAAAUUGUGCGACUAAAGGCGUCCGCAUGCUUCCCACCCGGAACAGUUCGUGCAUAUAUUAUGAUGACAUAUUGUGGCGUUUUUGUUCGUCUGCUGUUGUUGUUUACGCAAUCCAAAAACGGUCCAUUAUAAAUCGCAAUCUGGGUCAGGUGGGUAUAAUUUGAAAGCUUGUUUUAUUGCGAACAUGACUAGCUAAAUUAUAAAAUACGAUCUUACAGUGUUAAGCUUUCACGAGGCAAUUCAGAGAAGCAGAUCUUAAUUUUGGUGCGCAUAGAAUGGAGUCAUAAUUGCAUUCUGAAACGUGGUCCACAGCUAAUUUUCUUUACAAGACAACAAGCAGGCUCAUUCUGUUCAGGACAACCCAGGGUAUAAUGCCAUGUCAUCUUGUAAUUACAUAAAACAUAGUGAUCAUAAACGUUGACACUGUAUAUUACAUGACUUUUAUGAUAUAGAAAUGUGAAGUGCACAUUUGGACUCACAGGUGUCCUCGUAAUUUACAGCAUUUCCCUCACUCAGAAAACAAAAAAUGUGCAGAAGUCUCAAUUAGCAGGAGGGAUGGGGGCAACUUCUUGUUGGGCUCGGGUCUCAAGUUCAGAACGGCUGUCAGUCAAAACCCAUACAGAGCUAUGAAGCGGAGACCCUGAGCUCUGAUGUCAUGUAAAGCAUGUUACACUGCCACUGCGUUCCAAUUUAGGAGCUUAUCAGUGUCUAAAUCGGUAAUAUGACGUAUACAGGUACGAGUGUAAAGGGUAGGAAAAAUAACAAUUACUCCGAUUUAAAACGGAAUGAUUCUGAACAGUCCCAAGACCCAACUUCAGCAGACAAGUUUCAAAAUCUCGCUGAAGUUUCUAGCCACAAGCAUAAACUAGCUAGCUGGGAAGGGCUCAUCAGGACGACUGACAAAACUGGACUGACAUAAGUGAGUCCGUUCAUCUCCACUCAACUCUUGCUCCGCGACAAACGUCAUCAAUUUGGACACCAGGCCUCUCCCAAGUCGAAGUUCGGUCUACACCCCUUCGUAGGAGUGGUGACUAUGGAUGGGAUUCUUCAAUGAAGUCUUUGAGGUCAUUCAAUUUUUCACUUCAGAAAUGCUGCACCAAACAUCUUAGGUAGAUGUAAAAUUGCGCGACUAAGGCCUCUUCUGCAAAAACGUCAAUUUAUGACAAUUUAUUAAUUAGUCUUAUUUUAAUUCUGACUAUUUUGAGGAAGUGUAUACUGGCUAGGUUGUUGCUAUGGUGUCUCAAGAGGGACAAACCGUAAUAUCGCCAUUUUUCAAGUGAAGGUCUUUUAAGAGAGUAUGUGAGGCACAGACGUUCGCUUCACCUAGCCAAGUUCUGCUAGGAGCAAACCUAGUAUGCGGGCACUUUUACGUUAACGUUACUGAAUGUUUAGCUAACGUUGCCAUGAAUGUUUAUUUCCUCAAUUGCAUCUCUUUUAUAGUUACUGGGCGAACUUGAAACUGUGGUUCAAACAGAAGAUAAGCAAGGAAGAGUUUGACAUCGAGGCUCGUCGCCUUUUGGCACAAGACAACGGUUAGUGGAGAAAUUAUUCAACGUUCUCUGUGACUGUUUCUGUGGGUUGGACUACAGGUCUUCACGGAUCCACCUGUAACCGAAUACCGAGACCAAUGUUCCCUAAAAAAAUUCUGGCACUGAGAAAAUUUCAGGUCUGCUGAGCGCAAACUUGAACGUUUAGAAAAUUCUGUGCACCCGGGCUGUGUUGCAGCCUGCCGCGACCGGGAGACCCAUGAGGCGUCGCACAAUUGGCCCAGCGUCGUCCGGGUUAGGGGCGGGAUUUUGCCGGCUGGGAUGUCCUUGUUCCAUCACGCUCUAGCGACUCCUUGUGGUGGCCGGGCGCAUGCAUGCUGGCUUCGGUCGUGUUUCCUCUGACACAUUGGUGCGGCUGGCUUCUGGGUUAAGCGAGCAGUGUGUCAAGAAGCAGUGCGGCUUGGCAGGGUCGUGUUUCGGAGCACGCAUGGCUCUCAACCUUCGCCUCACCCGAGUCCGCACGGGAGUUGCAGCGAUGGCAUAAGACUCUAACUACCAAUUAGAUAUCACAAAAUUUGGGUAGAAAGUACAAAAUAAAUCAAAAUGAAGAAUAUUCUGUGCAACUUCUAGCACGUGAUUACUGUGAACACUGAGGCUGUAACCGCUGUAAGUUAGUUUUAACAGUGGUCAAGUAGGCUACUGUGGCUAUUUGAUCAUAAUGUAGGCCUCCUAGAAUGGCCUACCAUAAAAAACAAUGGAGAAUGCAUCCCAUAACAUUUUAACAUGGAAAUAGCUGUUCUGUUAUUCAGCCUAUGGUAGCAGCCAAUGUGUGGUGUUCAAUGUAUGCCUACAUUCCAUGAUACUUUUGAAAAAAUACAUACAGGGCUUGACCUUAACCUGUUUAUCCACUUGUUCUUCAGACAAGGAUGUCAAUUAAAAUGUUAUUGUGUUGUUUGAUGCAACAAACCACUUUACAUUAUUCACAUACCAUUAUUGGCUACUUGGCUUAUUCAAUCCUGUUUCAAAAUACAACACUGCCCCUUUUAAGACAAAAAAAAUCUCUUUACUUGACUCGCUUUUCAAAAAUGUCUGGAAAUGCACACAUUUUGUGCUCUUGUAGGAAGCAAUCACUCCCCUGUUGCUGACUACAAAUUAUCUAUGACUGGGCUAAUAACUCACUAACUAGGAUAUGAAUAAAUGUGCACACGUGGCUACAUGUACAGUGCAUUCGGAAAGUAUUCAAACCCUUUGACUUUUUCCACAUUUUGUUACGUUACAGCCUUAUUCUAAAAUGGAAUAAAUAAAACAUUUUCAUCAUCAAACUACACACAAUACCCCAUAAUGACGAAGCGAAAAGAGGUUUUUAGAAUUUUUUGCAAAUGUAUUCAAAAUAAAAAAACUGAUACCUUAUUUACCACAGGUAAGACUCGAAAUUGAGCUCCAGUGCAUCCUAUUUCCAUUGAUCAUCCUUGAGAUGUUUCUACAACUUGAUUGGAGUUCACCUGUGGUAAAUUACAUUGAUUGAACAUGAUUUGGAAAGGCACACACCUCUUUAUAUUAAGUCCCACAGUUGACAGUUCAUGUCAGAGCAAAAACCAAGCCAUGAGGUCGAAGGAAUUGUCCGUAGAGCUCCGAGUCAGGAUUGUGUCGAGGCACAGAUCUGGGGAAGGAUACCAAAAUAGUUUUGCCGCAUCGAAGGUCCCCAAGAACACAGUGGCCUCCAUCAUUCUUAAGUAGAAGAAGUUUGGAACCACCAAGACUGUACCUAGAGCUGGCCGACCCGGCCAAACUGAGCAAUCGGGGGAGAAGAGCCUUUGUCAGGGAGGUGACCAAGAACCUGAUGGUCACUCUGACAGAGCUCCAGAGUUCCUCUGUGGAGAUGGGAUAACCUUCCAGAAGGACAACCAUCUCUGCAGAUCUCCACCAAUCAGGCCUUUAUGGUAGAGUGGCCACUCCUCAGUAAAAGGCACAUGACAGCCUGCUUGGAGUUUGCCAAAAGGCACCUAAAGGACUCUCAGACCAUGAGAAACAAGAUUUCCUGGUCUGAUGAAACCAAGAUUGAACUCUUUGGCCUGGCACCAUCGCUACGGUGAAGCAUGGAGGUGACAGCAUCAUACUGUGGGGAUGUUUUUCAGCAGCAGGGACUGGGAGACUAGUCACGAUUGAGGGAAAGAUGAACGGAGCAAAGUACAAAGAUAUCCUUGAUGAAAACCUGCUCCAGAGCGCUCAGGACCUCAGACUGGGGCGAAGGUUCACCUUCCAACAGGACUACGACCCUAAGCACACAGCCAAGACAACGCAGGAGUUGCUUCGGGACAAGUCUCUGAAUGUCCUUGAGUGGCCCAGCCAGAGCCCGGACUUGAACCCGAUCAAACAUCUCUGGAGAGACCUGAAAAUAGCUGUGCAGCGACGCUCCCCAUCCAACCUGACAGAGCUUGAGAGGAUAUGCAGAGAAGAAUAGGAGAAACUCCCCAAAUACAGGUGUGCCAAGGUUGUAGCGUCAUACCGAAGAAGUCUUGAGGCUGUAAUCGCUGCCAAAGGUGCUUCAACAAAGUAGUAAAGGGUCUGAAUACUUAUGUAAAUGUCAUAUUUCAGUUUUUAAUUGAAUACUUUUGCAAAAAUGUCUAAAAACCUGUUUUUGCAUUGUCAUUAUGGGGUAUUGUGUGUAGAUUGAGGGGAAAAAACAAUUUAAUCCAUUUUAGAAUAUGGCUGUAAUGUAACAAUGUGGAAAAAGUCAAGGGGUCUGAAUACUUUCCGAAUGCACUAUAGCUCUCGCUUUGCUCUCAAAACAAGCGCAUCUACUAUUCACGACCGCUCAUGCUGGUCCAUGCUGGCGACAUGCAUCUUUCCAUUCAUCCCCCCAUCAACAAUAAAAAAAAAUGUGUGACUGGCUUCAAUAUACUUUCGUUACUCACCAAAGUAAAGAUGUUACUAGAGUUCUGCUUAAGUUGCCUUUUCUCCAAAAUACGAAAUGAGAGCACUUUGUUUACUGCCACUAGCCAUACACAUGCGUCCGAUUUGCACUACGAGCUGCACACCUGGCGCAUGGACCAGAGCUAGUCUGUUCAGUGCAAAAAAAGAAUGAAUUUCAAUCAAACUCUCCCUAUUUUUACCCCUCUUAGUUCAUGUCCACAAUGACUUUCUCCUGGCCAUUCUCACACGCUGUCAGAUCAUCGUCUCCACACCAGGUAGGUUUUCCAUCGAAUAUAUCAAUAUCUUCAUUGAUACCGUUUUCACACAUCUGUAUGUUGACCACAAACCUGACUGCAACCCAUUCCCUUUUCCAGAGGGUGCUGGAUCUUUGCAGUGGGCAGGUGGCUCAGCCUCCAAGCCUGGCAAGCCUGCCAAAGGAAAAAAUAAGCUCUCCUCCAAACAUAAAUUUGAUGUGAGUUGUUGUCCUUCAAUAAUGCGUAAUGGGAGGUGGCAAAAAUACAUGAUUUAUAAACUUCAGACCUUUCCUGUUGUUGAAGUAUAAUGCUGGGCGUGCGUGUGUGUGUGACCCGUUGCGUCUCCAGCAUCGUUUCCAGCCCCAAAACCCUCUGAGUGCGGUCCAGGCCUUCAGCCCGCGAGAGUUGGGGAGUGAGGAGGAGGAGCUGAGACUCAGUGCCCACACCCUGUUGCUGCCCACCCGGGGCCAGCUGGAGGCCCGCAUGAUGGUCACCGCUUUUGAGGUGGGCUUGGACAACGUCACGGAGGACACCGUCAGCACCAUGGUCCACGCAGUUGAGGUAUGUGUCGAGUGUGUGUUUUUAUGGGAUACUAGUACAAGAUAUGAGAAGGGUUGUAGAUUUCAUGUUUUCAGUGUAGCACAGAUUACUUUGUUAUGCUUUGAGACAGGCUUUGUACCCCUUCUAACAGCCAGUUGUAUUAGUCCACUCAGGAUCCACUAGGUUAGUGCCCCCCCCCCCCCCCCCACACACACACACACACUUCACUCACCUGUCGUUCCCUCCACUACCACAGAACCACCUGAAGGACAUGCUGACUGCUGUGGUGUCCAGGAGGAAGGCCUACCGGCUGCGUGACGGACACUUCCCUUACGCCUUUGGCAGUGACGUCACCCCACAGCCCUACUUGAAGAACAGCCUGGCUGCCUACCACAUCGUCACAGAGUGGUAAUGAGGUCAACGAUCUGUCUGCAGCGCUCAGCUGCUCAUCUGCCUUAAAUCAACUAGAAAAAUGUUAAAUGAAGUAUCAACUACUUGUAUCAAUGAAUUGCAAAGAAACCAAAACGUAAUUACUAUGCAAUUAUUAGGGUAUUACCAUUUCAAUUAGCCAUUAUCUGGUAAGCAGCGGACUGUAGAAUAAAGUGUAACCGUUCUGUUCAAAUUUAACUUCAAGGGUCAACUUAAAGAGUAAUUUAUAGACUUCAGUAUUAGCUUAAAUGGUUGUUGCUCUCUGUCAGAUAGUUCUAACAGUAGACUAUACUUUAGGUACAUGAAGCACCAGGAGUAGCAGUAAGGUGAGGUAGGAGACCGUACAGCACACUGCAAAAAAGAUCACUUGGAGACUGGUCCAUCUAAAAUAUAUAUAUAUUUUUUAUUUAUUUAGAGUCCUUUGCAGUGUUAGGGCCAGGCAGAAUUUCCCCUUACUAAUAAAUUACUUUUAGGCUCUUGUCAUGAUGUCAUGCUCUUGUAUGUAUGUCUGUUGUGACCCUCUCUCUCUCCUCAUCCGUACUCCAGCCCACCUCACAGUGCGUCUCUUCUGGCCGGCCCGCCCCCUCAGGUAUUACCAGACGAUGCUGAGCAGCAGGCUGCUCUCCUAUUGGCCUGUUCCGGUGACCGUCUCCUUGCGCCCCUCCCUCCUAUCAGUAUGUUUGAUCUCCUGGAAGCGUUACAGGUGACAGAAUCACAGCCUCAAUCUGCCUUACCAUCACAUGAUAUACCUAUAACAAAAGACAUUCUGACAUUUUAAUUGAUUUGCUUUUUCAGCCACAUUCAACAAACAUUUUUCUCUAAUCAAAAGGAAAGCUGAACAGAAGAUAUUUAUGUAAUUCUAUGUGAAAGAGAAAUUCGCUCAAACAACUAUAUUGUUCAUGUUUUUCCUUGACGUAGAUCCACCGGGGUGUGAUGCCCUCUCACACCAUGUACGCCCUGAACAUGGAACGUAUCCUGUCCCGGCUGUGGCACCCCAGUCACGAGGAGCUGGAGCAGGACCAUGUGCACCGCCAACGCCUCGCAGGGAAGGAUGGCCUGCUCGUCAGCUGAGAUGCACACAGACGGUCAGGUGGACAGACAGGCAGAUUGUGGUGGGAUAGGGCAGAGACAAUGGAGACAAAUGGAGAGUUUAACACACCCACAGUGUUGAAGCAUCUAUGUGGUCCCUAAACCCUGCCUUGAAGCUGAGAGCGAGGAUGAUGUCGAAGACUGGAUUUACACUCCACUAGGGAUACUCCGUAGAGGCUCUGCAACCGCUUAACCACGCACCACAACUUUACACUAGUGUCAAUAGCGUUUUAGAACGCUUGGUGGAGUGUAAACCC